CCUCCAAACUUUCGUUUCGCUCAAUGGACAGUUUAUCUGGGGAAUAAAAGCACUGGUAUUUGUUUCUUGUUGUUAUUUCCUGAAGCGACAGAUCAUAAAACACCUUCUUGUUGAUUCCUGCGGCCGCGUUGUCUCAUCUGACACAGAAAAGGUGGAAAUCCCCUCAGAUCUGGCAACAAGCGCGUGCGUGUGCUGACUGGCAUGGACAGUCGGGAGUUGGGAGCCCUGCUGGGGGAGUGCCUCCAGGCAGCAAAGAAACUGAAGUACAGCCAGCCGUCAGAGGAACACAGGCUGCAACACUGCAGAUGCACAGGCGCCCUGUGUGCGGAGCUGGCCUCUCUGCUGCAGGACGCCGUGGACAUGAAGUGGCCCUUCGUGCCGGAGAAGUGGCAGUACAAGCACUCCGUCAGCGCCGCCGACAAGACCAACCUGAGCGAUCUCAUCGGCAAGCACCUGCCCCAGCUGCUGGCUCUCCUGAAAUCCUCCAUCCUGGCUCAGGAGGCCCGCUCGGCGCUGGCGGUGGUCUUUCUCAUGGACCGCUUCAUUUACUGGAUCGACGAAUCCAGCAGGCUGUUGAAGAUCGCCAAGCUGCUGCACAAGCACUGGCGAGACGCCCCGAUCGCCCCGCAGCUGGUCAUCAGGCAGGCCCGGGUACACUUCAACUCCGGCAAGUUGCAGAAGGCCGAGUACAUCCUGAGCAGCCUGAUCAAAAACAGCGGCGCCACAGGUUGUUGGGUGUACCAAUCUGAAAGUGACAAGGUGCUGGUGCAGGCCGUCAGUGUGCAAGUGCGGGGGACGAUUCUCCAAAAACUGGGCCUGUGGCGAGAAGCGGCGGAGCUAAUCUGGGCUUCUCUGGUUGGCUACUACUCACUUCCUCAACCUGAUAAAAAGGGUAUCAGUACCUCUCUGGGUAUUCUGGCCAACAUCCUGGUGUCUAUGAACGAUGAGGACUUCCGUGCUUUCAGCACCAAUCCCGAUAUCGAUUUUUCUUUACUUGGGGAUGGGAGUCAUCGCCUCCUCUCAGCUGCCCAGGCAGCUAAGAUGGCCGUGGUGUACAGUCAGUAUACGUCACUGUUCGUGUUGACCAACGCGGUGACUCAGGGGACCUGCCUGCUGUCCUACAGUUUCUCUGUGGAGUGCCCUGACUCCCAGAAGCACUCAUUCCUCCUGCAGGCUGAAGAAGCGUUUGCGAUCGGGCUGCUCACCAAAGCAGAGCGUGACGUGGUCACCAGCCAGCAGGAGCUUCACACCUUCCUCAAGGCUGCAUAUUCCCUCACCGUCACUCGCAAAUGGCUCGGGACUCCUCCCAAUGUUGUUGCACAGGCAUCUCAAGCUUGCCAGGUAGCAAUAGAAAAAUUCUACCAAUACUGCCAACCCACCACAGAAGAGAAAACCUCCCUUUCCGCUGAGAUCAUGCACCAGGUGGCCCAAGUCAAAAGUCUGCUGCGAGUGGAGCCAUUUGAGAAUUCAGACAAGGGGUCGUUCAUCCCUGACAGCUACAGAAACAUCGAAGACAUCUCAGUAAAGUUCACUACGGAAGGUUUCUCAGAAAUGAUACAAAGAUUUGAGCGGUAUCAUGCAUCGGUGAUCGAGACCUAUGACGCAAACUGUGGAGGGGCCGAAGAUGAGGCACAUGGGUCACAGCUGUGCAUUGCAGCGCUGAAGACAACUGCUCCCAACGCAGAACAUAACACAGAGACUGGCCAAGUCAAAACACCACCAGAAGAAAAGCUCCCAGAUCGCAGUUCAUCCAGUGGACAUUUACCUCAUAACCUGCAUCCCAAUGUUGAAAACAAAGAUGAGCUCGGUUUAUCAUGUCAGAGUAUCUCCCCGCCCAGUUCAGGCUCUCCUUGGCCCAACAGCGGUGGAGUUAUAGCAAACGCUGCUGUGAGGCAAGGAGCCAAUGUCUGCAAUCAGAUCUACGUAGAUACUGAGCCUGAUGAUUCUGAAUCAGACAGCGUGCCUCAACCUGCUGAUGAAAACACGAUGCCAAACUCUCCGGGUCGUGACUCUGGGGUCAGUUCACAGGCUCCUCCAAAUUCUUCAAAGCCCCCCACUUCCUCGUCCAGUGCCAGUACUGAUUCUGGUGGGUUUGAAGUGAUCGGAGCUGAAAUAGAGAUGAAGAGCACUGGAGAAUUGGUGUCCUUAUCCCAGCUAACUCUUCGUAGUUCCUCCAGUUCCCUCGGUGACAGUUUUGGUUCCCAAUCAUCAUGGGAGAAAAUUUCAGCUGACCUCAACUUCUCCUCAUCUGGGAAACGUGAGCCAAUUAGCCAGUCAAAAGCAGGAACCGGCCAAAGAAGCAAGUCACAAGAUUCUGACGGGAGUUUCUCCUUCCUGAACACAAAUGUCUCGGAAAAAAGCAAUUCAGCUCCUGAUCACAUGGAUAAGAACCACACAUCUGGACAGGAAGCCUCUUCCAAACACAAGCAUGUGAAGAGCUCUAAUGUCGAUCCCAAAGCAGAAACUGAGACUGAUUCAGAGCAUGGCUCAUUUGAGAUGGUAGAGGACAUCCAUAUCAAACAGGAACCCAGUGCCAGUGCUUGUGAAAAGGCGAACCCGCCUCAGGAGAAGAACCCCCUCUGCUUCAGCUGUCUGAACCACAGCACCUUCACUGAUGGCAGCCCGGCGGGGCAGUUCGUCUUGUCCCAGCAGGAUUACCGAGCACUGCUGGCCGGAGUCUGCCAUGAGUGCCUGCUGAAGAGGUUACACAGUGAUAAAACCGAGUUCAAACUCAAGACACUCUCGACUGCCUGUAACGCUCUUCAUUUGAAGUUCUCUAAGACCACCGGACUGUGGACAGCCAGGGAAACCUGCCUUUACAUCGGAGAGGAUAUGAAAAUGGACGGCAAUCAGAGAAGAGCACUAUGGGUGCAGUUUUUACACCAGGAGGAGAGGUUGAGCAGCUAUGUGGGGAAAGAUUACAAGGAGCCAAGGGGUGUCCAGUUUCACCUGAAAGACGUGGAGAGGCAGAUGACAGCCCAGUACUAUGUGACUGAAUUCAAUAAGAGUCUCUACGACAAGGAGGUCAUGGCGCAGAUCUUCUUCAUUCCAUCAGAGGCGCUGCUGAUCUUGGAUGGGAACAAGAUUGUUGGUUGCAUUACGGCGGAGCCCUACAUGCUUGGGGACUUUGUCAAACUAACCAACAACACUUAUAAAAUCGAUCCGCGGUUCCAGGCCACUGAGUAUGGCCUUGCCUUUGGGCACUUCACCUACCAGUUUUCUGACCAACAGGAAAUCGUGGUAGACUUGCAAGGGUGGGUGACGGCCAACGGCAAAGGACUGACUUACCUCACUGAUCCCCAGAUUCACUCUACCAAAGUCCCUGCAAGUAGAUCAAACUUCUCCCAAAAAGGCUUAAGAGACUUUGUGAAUAAUCAACAUGGACCACAAUGCAAUGAGAUCUGUCAGCUGCUGGAGCUGCGUCCGAUGGACAGGUUGUGAAACGUUGUCCAACAGAAACUUUGAAAUGAUGCUGGCAUUGAGUGUUCUCACGAAUACCAAACAUUUCCCAACGUACUAGUGCCGAACUAAACCUAAAAAGAUUCCAUGAAUAGCAAACACAACACUAAUAACCAAGAAUUGCAAGAAUUUGUCAGUUAAAGCUUGCUACCUUAUUGAAGUUGUAUUGUGGGAGUGAGAUUAUGAAAGCCUGCAGGAUUCCUGCAUCAUGAAAAGAGGCUGUGCUGUAAAUAUUUCAGAUUUUUUUUUUUUUUUAAUUAAUUAGAAAUGGGAAAUGAAUAGAUUAAUUAAAUUAUUGAUAAAUGUUUUUGUACAUUUGGCUGCUUUUUGUGUCCAUGAAUAUAAUGUAAAAUUGCAUAGUUUUUUUUUUCUUUUUCUUUUUUUACGUUUCAGGUUUUGUGUAAUUUUUGUGACCUAAUGUUAAUUGUUUCUCACAAUGUUUGCACUAAUAUAAAUACAUUUUUUUUCUUCUUUAAUUUUACUGGUCUAGCCUUCAAGCCUGUUUGCCUUUGAAAAAGAUUUGCCAGCGAUUUGUGAUUUGCGAUAAAAUGAGGUAUGAUUGUAUUGAAGGAAUUCAUUGGCAAUAUUUUUUUAAGUCUGUUAAUUGGAUACUUUUCAUCUCAAAUGUAAGAGAUUCAAUUAAAUGUAUUAGAAUACAAUCAUUCUGUCAUUAUCUGAACUAGAUUGAGACUAUUAAAAAAUGCUAAUGUUGAUUAGUUUGACAGUUUGAUUGUAAAGUAUUGAACCUUUUCCACAUUAUUUUAAUUUUCUGACAGAAUAAAUUAUGGACUUCAACAAUUGUUUGCAAAAAUAUUUGAAAUGUCAGUAUAAUAUACGAGUUUGCAAUGAAUGAAUAAACCUUUUGACUCUCUGAAAAUCGCAUGACUGCAUUAUGUAAUAAAAUGUUUUUCUUCUGA